AUGAAACAAAAGCAGGUGAUCGUGCAAAAUCUACAAAUAUCUCUACAUUUUCUCGAUUGACUUGGAGAUAAUCAAAUGGAGUUAUAAACAUGUAUCAACAGGCUGUUGGUGCUUUAACUAGUGAAACAAGCAUUCUACAAGAUGGACAUGACACAACAGCAACAACUGCUGUGCCAACAUUGUUCCAUGAAGCGGUGACAAAGAUCACAGACACGGCUAAUAUCCUGACUCCAAUGCAACACCUUCCUAAAACUAUUACAAUGCAACUCAGCACCUCCACUGCAACUACUAUCCCCAGAGAUUUAAAAUUACCACAUCAACUCCUUGUAACUCCCCACGGUCUAGUUAACCAAAGUGAUAGUCCAUCUUCUUCUCCAGAGAAACUCUCUGUCAAGGUGGAGCCUUCUGUUCAGAUGGACUUGAUGGAUACAUUUCCGUACAAUGACGAUGGAGAUAAAGCUCUGAUGAAAAUUGUUGGUGACAACAGUAAAAGUCCUAAUGAUAAAAGGGGAGACAAUUCAGCUGGUAUCAGCUCUCAAAACAAUGUGUCCAAUGAUUUUGAUGCAGAUAUUAAUACAAUUGUAAUAACUAAUGAUGAAACGGGGGAACUUAAGAUGACAUUUUCUGAUAAUGCUGUUGGACAGUAUGAAGAAAUUGGGGAGAAACCAGAACCAAGGGAGUCAGACAUUGGUGAUUCUGGUUUAGGAGAUGUUGAUUUAAAUUCUUUUACAGCAUUGAAUGAAACAGGAGAUAAGGUCAGUGGUGUAACACCAAUUAGGAAAAGUGACCGUUCUAUUAAAAUUAAUUCAGUAUUUGGUGAUGAGGAUGGAAGAAAGAUUCCUGGUUUUGGAAGAGCUCUUGUUGCACAUAUGAUGAAAGAAUCAGAUGCUAAUGGACAGACAGUGAAAAAUGGAGGCAGAAAACCUAAAGUGAAGAGAAGCAGAAAGCAAAUGGAUCCUAAGAAAACCAAGCUCAAUGUGGAUGAUAUUUAUGAGAGUGAAGAUGGUGAUGGAAUGGACAGUGAUAGUGAUUUAUCAAAAGAUCUUCUUAAGGUUCGUAUGUUGAAGUGUGACUUGUGUGGCAAGCAUUUUCUUGACAAACAAAAGUUGCAGACACACAGAAAAACCCACAACAAAAACAAAAAAAAUGAAUCAUCUUUCUCUGCAACAUCAAGUCAAAGCAAUGGAUCCAGAAAAGUCUAUCCCUGUGAGGUAUGUGGAUACACAUUUCGUCGCCGAGAACAUUGGCGACGACAUAGACUUACUCAUCUUGAUGCCACACCAUACAAGUGUCCUAUUUGUGACCGUGGUUUUAAACGAGCAGAGCAUGUCAGACGCCACCAGACGGUCCACACACGUAUAAAAGCAUUUGAUUGUAAUUCUUGUGACAAAAAGUUCACCAGGUCUGAACAUCUAAAGAAACACAUGUUGCUUCAUCUUGGGAAAACACCAUUUGCAAGAAAAAAGAAAGCUGAUCAUUGAAGAAGUCUAUGUUCUGUGUUAACAGUAAUUUUAUUUGUACUCAACACCUGUGCUAUGAUGUCUAGGAUCUUGUGUCAUCAUUGUACAUUAAGCGACUGUGCCACUUAUCUCACACAACACACUAGAUUUGAGUGCUGGUGUAUACAAAUUAAUUGUAACAUAAUAAGUUGUCAGAGGAAACAAUGAUUUCUGAAAAUAUUAUCAAAAAAGAAAUUUCAGAACUCUGUCUAAAGUUUUCUCAUCACUGAAAUUGUUUGGGGUUUUUUUUGUAGCUGUACAGUGAUGUUAUUGGUGAUUAAAAAUUUAUCUGAGCCUAUAUUAUUAACACCAUAAGUCACAAGGAUAAAUAUCCUGUUGUAUGGCUAUCAACAUCUAUGCUGUACUGAAUAUAAGCAUAGUGUGUUUUUAACUUCAAGGUUGUUUUCAGAUUUACAGUUGAAUAAAGUUUUAGCAUUAAAAAAAUGGGGGCGGGUCUCCGGUGAUGUUGACUUCAGAGACAUCAAGUGGAUGUAUUAAGAGUUUAUUCAGGAUCAUGACAUGCCAAAGGAGAAGUUUAUGGACAGUAUGUUAUAGUUAUAAUGCUAAUAAAAUUAUUUAUGUAACUAGUUGAUAAUUUAUUUAGAAACAUGAUCCAAAUUAUUUUAUUUUUUAGUUUACAUAACUACGUACCUCAUAGAAAUUUAACAUUUGUUAGUGAACAUUUAUAAAUAUUAGUGCACUUGACAUUUUUUGACAUGCUUUUCAGUCUGAAAAGUCCCAUCAAUGAUCAUCGCCUCAAACUUACGAGGACAUGGAGGGAGGCUGUUCUCCAGUUUUGUCUUCUCACAUGUUUGCAAUUUUGCAAGUCCUGAAGUAAUGGAACCAAUUUUGAAUGUUGAUAGAUCUUCAUCAGUUUUCUAAUUCAGGUUUCCCUUAGCAUGGUCCUUAUAAUUAUAGGUGUACUUUGUUACUAUUUAAACUUGAGACUGAAUAUAAAGAAAAAAGGGAAUUAUAUAUACAAUGUAAUACUAAAAUAUUUGAGAGUAAAUUGUGUAUUAGAGAAGAAUUUCUCGUACUCUGCUCUGAUGGUCUCAUGGGGUUGUUUUAUUUUUUGUACAUUUUCAAAUUUUGAAACUGGUUAUUACAAUAAAAUGCCCACAAUAUAUUAAGUAGUCUGGCACACAGGCCUAUUUUUGCAGAAUAUCAGAUGGGUAAAUUAUAAGAAAGAUAAUUCAGAAGUAAUUCAAUGCAGUCCUAGAAUUUUGCUUACUUUAAUAAUCAAAGGAAAAUUAUGUACUAUGUAUCGUACAAAUGAACAUGAUUGGCAAAAUAUUUUUGUUAUCGGAAAAUGUGCUUCUAUUACCUAUAAAUUUUAAAGGGCCUGAUUUGAUGCUUUUGGUCACAUAUCAUGCAGUCUUACAUUUAUCACUCAUUUUCCCAGGUUCCUGUAUUAUUCCACAAUCAUGAAUUUGAGGGUACAUUUUAAAUAGAGUGACACCCAACUUUUCCGACAUCCAAUGUUAUGAGACUUGACCUGUAUAUCAAGUUAUACAGAAUGUUGGCUAACUAAUGAGCUAAACUGAAAUGUUCUAAAUGGAAAAAUGAUUUUGAAGGAAACAUUGAUCGUAAAAUAUAUUUUGUAUUAUGAAGAUCCCAGACAGUUUAGUGAGGAGUAUUCUUAUUAUUCUGUAGUCAAGCUUAUUUCAGCAGUCCUCAUUAUAAGCAUACAGUUGGGUUGGUAUUCUGAAAUCAAUCUUACACUCCCUUCUGAAGACCAGUCCCCAUAAGUUCAUUUAAAUUCCAAGUGAAAAAUACUUUUGUUCUGUAUUUCCAUUGUUUAUAACAGAUGUGUUAUUGUUUACAGUAUGAUAUUAUAAACAUUUGUUGAUAAAAUCUUCCUGCUACGAUGACAUUGAAAUGUUAGCUUUCUUCCAAAUUGUUACAUUUCACCAUAUACACACAAUGGUAUUACCAUAAUGUUAUGAUUUACCAUAUAAAUCUGUUGAAAUCAUUCAAGGAAAUAAACUUGUGACACAACAAA